AUGAGGAGGCGUCUGUCGUCUCUGGAGUUUCUCCUCAGCGUCGUCUCUGUUCUUCUUCUGGUCUGUUGUGUUGGACUGAUCGUCGUGUGCUGGAUGAACCUCAGGCCUGAAGGUGCCAUUGAGCCAGAGCAGCAGAGUGGGCGGAUGGUGAUCAAAGAGGGUGCCGUUUUCUCCGAGGAACUCAGAAACUCCAGCAGUUUGCAGUUUAAGUCUCUGGCCUUUGAUGUCCAACAACUGGUGUCGGAGGCGUUCGGUCACAGUGAGCUCAGACUGCAGUUUAGAUCCUGUCAGGUGGUUUCCUUCAGCCCAGGCAGUGUGGUGGUGACCUUUGACCUCUGGUUAAGCCAGAUGGUGGAUGUGGAGGAAACGAAGCAACAACUGAAGACAGGGCUUCAACAGGUUGAUGGUGGAGGAUUAGUGAUUGACAGCAACAGCAUCCAGAUCAUAGAAAAACCAGACACAACAGUUGUUCCGCCAACGACUGUUAUCACACCAACAGAAAUGACGUGUCCUCCCUAUCACACAUCUUGUUCUGAUCGACUGACAUGCAUUCCCACUGACUGUCUCUGUGAUGGAUUUAUGGAUUGUCCUGAUGCCUCUGAUGAAGAAGCCUCUCGCUGUGCAACAGCAUGUGAUGGACAGUUCUUGCUGCAUGGGCCAAGUGGUUCAUUCAGCUCCUCAACGUCUCAAACUUACAACAGUAGUUUCUGUCGUUGGAUCAUCAGAGUGCAGAGAGGACUUUCUAUUCAGAUCGACAUCCAGCAUUUUGAAACAGAAGAAGACAUUGAUACCCUGAAUCUUUAUGAAGGAGUCGGAGCCGAAAAACAGCUCAUAGCUGAGUUCUCAGGCUCCACCCCUCCUGGUAUCGUGUGGCUGUUGUCGGACCAAUCAACUGUGAAGUUUAUUUCUGACGACGUCAACCAUCUGUCUGGGUUCAACGCCUCCUACAGUGCUGUCAACAUGUCCACAAUCAGCAAUGAGCAGAAGCUGACCUGUACCUUUGAGCAAGGCAUGUGUUUUCUGAGGCAGAAGCAGGAUCAUGACGGAGACUGGAUUCGAACCCACGGCUCCACAUUCCCUCCACUCAGUGGACCGAGUGUUGACCACACUCUUGGAAAUACAUCUGGUUUCUACAUCGUCACUCCAAUGAGUCCUGGUCAAUGGCCAAAGAGUUUCAGGAUCCACAGCCUCCCACUGACUCCAUCCACCCAGCCCAUGUGUCUGCAGUUCUGGUAUCACAUGUUUGGAGAGGACGUUCACCAUCUCAGAGUCCUGCUGCAUCAAGCGUCAAAUGUUACCGUGCUGUUCCAAAAAGACGGUAACUAUGGUGACAACUGGAACGCUGGUCAGGUGACACUUAACCUGACGACUGAGACCGUGGUGGUGUUUGAGGCUCUGAAAAAAGGUGGGAUGAGGAAUGACAUCGCCUUAGAUGACAUCAGUCUGACCUCCGGAGCCUGUGGCCCCGCCCCCCCUGACCCAACAAAUGUACCGCUUCCUACAAUGCCGCCUCCUAUCCCAGCUGACUGUGGAGGACCCUUUGACCUAUGGGCGCCCAACACUACCUUCAGCUCACCAAAUUACCCACAUUCCUAUGGACAUGAGGCUGAGUGUCUGUGGACACUCAAUGCUGAUGAGGGUCACAACAUCCAGCUCCACUUCCUGGACUUCGACAUUGAAGCAACCUACGAUGUUGUCGAGGUUCGGGAUGGGGCGGGACCAGACUCCACCUUACUGGCUGUUCUCACCGGCAGCGACAGUCCCAUCAAUGACUUUUUCUCAACUACCAAUCAGAUGUCAGUUUGGCUCUUUACGGACAAAUCAGGGUAUGGACGAGGAUUCAAGGCCAACUUCACCUCCGGGGUGAAGCUGGGGUCACCAGCACCGUGUGCAGCUGGCCAGUUCCAGUGUCACACAGGAAGCUGUAUCCAUGGUAACAGCCAGUGUAACAGUGUGAUGGACUGUCCUGACGGCUCCGAUGAGGCUGACUGUGUUGUGCUGCCGGUGAAUGAGUCCAGUCGCCUGCAGUUUCAGCUUGCUUCCUCUCUGUUGACUGUGUGUGCUGACACCUGGAACUCUCAUCUGACCAACUUCACCUGUCAAUACCUGGGAUACAGGUCUGGUCAUGUCACAGAGUUUCCAGCUUUGCUACAAGAUUCACCGUUUAUAUCUCUCGAAGUCCACAAUGGAAGUCUGGAAACCACUGUCAGCAAUACCUGUGAGAAAGUCAUAUCUCUGAGCUGUGACAACAAACCUUGUGGUGUUCGUCUGCUCACUAACGUCACCACUGACAUGGACCAAUCAGAAGAGAAGAAACAUAACCCAGGUGGUGCUAAAGUGGUGGGCGGGGUGAAUGCUGCCAAAGGGGCGUGGCCAUGGAUGGUUUCUCUGCAAUGGAGGGGGCGUCAUGUAUGUGGAGCAUCACUGAUUGGCCGAGACUGGCUGCUGACCGCUGCACACUGCGUCUAUGGGAAGAACAUCCACCUGUCAUGGUGGACUGCUGCCUUUGGUCUGUACGCCCAGUCACAGCUAAAUGCUCCUGAGGUUCAGAUCCAACAAGUUGAUCGGAUCAUUAUUAACAGACACUACAACCGACAAACCAAACAGGCAGACAUCGCCAUGAUGCAUCUGCAGCACCCAGUUAACUUCACUGACGUCGUCCAGCCAGUGUGUUUACCUGAAGAUGGUCAGCAAGUGACAGCAGGAAAGAAGUUUUAUAUCGCAGGAUGGGGUCGACUGCAGCAUCAAGGUUCUCUCCCUGACAUCCUGCAGGAGGCUCAGGUUCCACUGGUUCUUCAGGAUCAGUGUCAGCGUCUCUUACCUGAAUAUAACAUCACAUCUGCCAUGUUGUGUGCUGGAUUUCCUGAGGGUGGAGUUGACUCCUGCCAGGGUGACUCUGGAGGUCCACUGAUGUGUCUGGAUGAUGGAUACUGGACUGUGAUUGGCGUCACCUCUUUUGGGAUUGGCUGUGGACUACCUCAGAGACCGGGAGUUUACGCUCGAGUUUCUGCCUUCAGCUCCUGGAUUGCUCAGACCAGACGCUCCUCCUCUUCCUCUAUGUCUUUCUCUUAAGCUUACAUUUAGUGUCAUUUCUUUGAGACUAUCAAUAUUAACUUGGAACAAGUUAUCAUGUAUAUCUGCAAAUUUAAUAGUUUUCUGUCUAUUUUUUCUUUCUGUUAAACUUU